AUGCGAAGAAAGGAAAGAAGGGCGGAAGUGAUGCCCAAUUCCGGCCCGCUGCCGUGUCUCCGAUCGAAAUGCAGGAAAGAACGAGCGUACGGAUUGGCCGACGGACGGGCAGCCGGCUGGUUAAAUGCACCACAGCAGCGUCGAUGGGAAGGCGGAGAAGUGCAUCACACAACCGCGGGGACAGGGACGCCUUCAAGAUUACGAGCAACACGAUCCUGA